AUGAAGGGAACCCAAAACAUUUUUGAUGUGUUUAUUGAAAAAAAUUCUAUUGACUUUGAUUGUGUUACAAAAGAGUUAGUGAUGAAUGAUAAUGGUAAAAAAGUAAAUAAUGCUGAAAUUGAAAGAGUAGAUGAGAUUGUAAAUUGUUGCCAGAAUGGAGCAAUUGAUGUGCUAUUGGAUAUAGUUCUAGAAAGAGAAGAGAUAGUGAAAUAUCUGUUAGAAGUGUUGAGUGAUGAUGACUCUGAUGAAUUUAAUUGUAGUCUUAACUAUGGGAAUAAAGAAGAUGAUUCAGUAAUAAAGAUCAAGAAUAAAAUUAAAGUUGCAAAAGUUGAGUUUGCUAGUCACGAAAGGACUAUAGUAGAUAUUGAUAGGACAAACAUUGCUAAAAAUAGUAAUUUACAUGAGUAA